CUGUAGAGUUGGCCCCUGCCUCCUGACGACCCCAUGCAGAACAGAACAAAACACUGCUUGGUCCUGCGUCAUCACUAUGAUCAGUUGAAAAUCAGACCAUUGUGACCCAUAGGGUUUUCACUGGCUGAUUUUCAGAAGUCAAUUGCCAGGCCUUUCUUCCUAGCCUGUCUUAGUCUGGAAGCUCUGCCGAAACCAGUUCAGCAUCAUAGCAACACACAAGCCUGCACUGACAGACAGAUGGUGGCUGUGCAUGAGGUGCACUGGCCAGGAACCAAACCCAGGACUCCCACAUGGAAGGUGACAAUUCUACCGUUGAACCAGUAAUGUCCCCAUUACCCAGCCCUAGAAACCAUUUAAGAGCCCUGGUGGCACAAACAGUUAAGCACUCAGCUGUUAACCAGAAGGUUGGAGGUUCAAACUCACCCAGCGGCUCUGCAGGAGAAAGACCUGGCAAAAUGCUCCUCUAAAGAUUACAGCCUAAGAAACCCUAUAGAGCAGUUCUACUAACGUCACAUGGGAUUACUGUGAGUCAGAAUCAGCGCAAAGGCACACAACAACAACAGAAAUCAAUUAUCCUUCGAUUGCUUGUUUGUGUAUGUAAUCAUCCCAGGUUUACUCAGCCCUGCAAACCACUUCCUCACCCUGUCCCCCAAGACACCCUACAUGUAGCGCCAGCUUUACGGGGUAGAGGGGUCCACCGCCCGCACCCUGCGUUUCUGCUCCGCCUGCCUGUGUUUGCCCCAGCAUCUUCCUUCACGAGUCCUUGUUCCUUUCUCCCACAGACGCUGAAUAGGAUUGUUGAGGCCCCAUGGCCAUAGCCUGAGUGACGCAGCACCUGACCUCUCAAGACCACGAGAUCAGGAGACAAGUGGGAAGGUCACGGUGCAGGCAGCGCAGGAAACAGAUGGAAGGACUCUUGAGCAACAGUCUCCAGAAUGGUGAGCUGGGAGAACCCUGGAAACGUGCAGGUCCAUUACGGCACCACCAGCAAGCCCAGGAAAGCAGCUGGAAGCAAGAGGCUGCGGGCCACCAGGAAGGCCCUGCUGGUGACAGCAUUCCAGAACACGAUGAAUUCGGCCAUCCCCUGAAAACCAGCUUAAGUCUUCCCAUCAUCCCCAUCGCAAACAGGACGCAGAGGUGCAGCACAACGCCACGAAAGAGUUUCAAGCAGAAGAACACAGAUCUCAACAAGGAGGAGAAAGCCCACGGCCCUAGGAAGCUGUGGAAGUGCAUGGAUUGUGGGAAAGCCUUCAGCUACUGUUCAGCCUUCCUCCUGCACCAGCGGGUCCACACCGGGGAGAAGCCAUUCACCUGCCCCGACUGCGGCCGGGCCUUCAGCCAGAGCGUGCACCUGACGCUGCACCGGCGCACGCACACAGGCGAGAAGCCGCACGCCUGCCCCGAGUGCGGCAAGGCCUUCAGCCAGGGCUCCUACCUGGCGUCGCACUGGCGCACACACACGGGUGAGAAGCCCCACAGGUGCACUGAGUGCGGCAAAGCCUUCGCGCGCCUCGCGCACCUGAGCCAGCACCAGCGCGUGCACACUGGUGAGAAGCCCUAUGCCUGCGGGCGGUGCGCCAAGACCUUCCGUAAUCGCGCAUCCCUCCUGGAGCACCAGCGUAUCCACACGGGUGAGAAGCCCUAUGAGUGCUCCCAGUGUGCCAAGUCCUUCCGCUUCUCCUCGGCGCUCAUCCGCCAUCAGCGCAUCCACACUGAGGAGAAGCCCUACAGGUGUGCCCAGUGCCCCAGGGCCUUCACGCAGACCGCACACCUCACGCAGCACCAGCGCACGCACACUGGCGAGAAGCCCUACAGGUGCUCCGAGUGCGGAGCGCCCUUCAGCCAGAGCGCCUCACUGGCGGAGCACCGUCGCAUCCACACGGGUGAGAAACCCUACAAGUGUGCCGACUGCGGCAAGUCCUUUACACAGGUCUCGCACCUCAGCCAGCACCAGCGCACGCACACCGGCGAGCGGCCGUACAGCUGCGCAGACUGCGGCAAGGGCUUCAGUAACCGCACCCACCUUCUGCAGCACCACCUGGUACACACGGGCGAGAAACCCUACCGGUGUGGCGAGUGUGGGGCCGCCUUCAGCCAUGUGUCCUCGCUCAUCGAGCACCAAAAAAUCCACACAGGUGAGAAGCCUUACAGGUGCUCCGAGUGCGGCAAGGGCUUCAGCCAGGGCUCCUCCCUAACGCGGCACCAGCGCAUGCACACCGGGGAGAGGCCCUACACCUGCCCCGAGUGUGGCAAGGCCUUCAGCAACCGCUCCUACCUGAUCCAGCACCACAUCGUGCACACGGGCGAGAAGCCCUACGAGUGCGGCCGCUGCGGCAAGGCCUUCAGCUUCUCCUCGGCGCUCACCCGCCACCAGAGGACGCACAUGGAGGAGAAGCCCCAUACACGCGGCCAAUGUGGGGACUUGUUUGCACAGCAGCCGCUCCUGACCGAGCAACUGAGCACACAGAGGCCGGAGAAGCCCGUUACGGGCCACGUGGAAACCGCUGCAGACCAGCAGAAGAAUGAAAGCUAACAUUUAAGGAGACCAUCUGUAUGCCUAGGACCUUAGGUGGUACGAACAGUUUGUGCUCAACUGCUAACCUAAAGGUUGGCAGUUUGAACCCACCCAGCAGUACUACAGAAGAAAGGCCUGGCGAUCUGCUUCCAUUUAGUUUGUUGUGGUGCAAAUGGCUUGUGCUCAGCAACUAACCUAAAGGCUGGAAGUUCAAACCCACUCAGGUGCCAUGGAAGAAAGGCCUGGAGAUCUGCUUUCAUUAAGAUUAUUAUUGUGACCUUUUGGUUAGCAGCUGAGUGCUUAACUGCUGCACCACCAGACUCCUAACCAUUAAGAUUACAGACAAUGAAACGCUAUGGAGUAUUUCUACUCUGACACACAGGGGGUUGCUAUGAGUUGGAAUCAACUGGACGGCACCUAACAACAACAAAAACCUGUACACCAGGCACUCUGCUCAGCAUUGUGUAUGCCUCCUUUUCAUCCUCACAACACCAUGAGGAGCUGUCUUAGUCUCCUAAACCAAAACCAGUUGCUAUCUAGUAUAUUCUGACUCAUGGCAACCCCAUCUGUGUCAGAGUAGAACUGUGCUCCAUAGGGUUUCCAAUGGCCAAUUUUUUUGGAUGUACAUUGCCAGGCCUUUCUUCCAAGCCACCUCUGGGUGAACUGAAACCUCCAACCUUUUAGUUAGUAGCCAGGCAUGUUAGCAGUUUGUACCACCCAGCAACUCCCUUAGUCUUUCAGGGUUGCUGUAACAAAAUACCACAAAGUGAGUGGCAUUAAACAGAAAUGUAUUGUCUCACAGUGCUAAAGGCUAGAAGCCCAAAAUCAGGGUCUGGGCCAUGUCGAUUCCAUCUGGGGAUUGAGCCCUGAGAGACAAGUGUUCCAUGCCUUUCUCCUAGUUUCUGGUGGCUGCCAGCAGUCCUUGGCUGCUGAUAGAUGUAUCUGCCUCUGUCAUUACAUGGCAUCUGUCUUCCCCUGUGUGUGACCCCCAUUUUAUAAGACACCACUCAGAAAGGAUUUGGUUGAACUCUACCCCAGUAUGAAGCCAUUGACUGAUCACAUCUGCAAAGAGAAACCCUACUUCCCCAAACAAGGUCACAUUCACAGGUACAGGGGUUAGGAUUCAAUACAUCUUUUGGGAGGAACAUAGUUCAAUCCACAACAGACAUACUAUAUCAUCCCCAUGUUACCAGUGAGGAAACUGAGGCUCAGAGAAGCUUAGUAACUUGCCCAGGGUCACACAGCAAGGGGGGUCACAGGGCCAGGAUGGGCCCCAGUUCUGCCUGACCCCACUCUGUACUCCCUCCACAGCCUUCUUGGCACAAAAUUAUUAAUGUGACAAACACAAGUAGACCCAAAGACAUAUCCAUAGGUCUCUGGCUAGCACUCUAGGAGUUGAUUUUAUGAUAGAGUGGGCAUUUGCUCAGCAAACUUAAUUGAAUAGAUAGUUUGGCUCCUUCGGUCAAGUCGGCACAUUUACUGAGAGGACAGGGUCUAAAAAAUUUGGAUCAGCUCAGAGAGAAUGUGUGGUGUUCAAUUCCAGCUGCCACAGAGUCAUCUCUGACUCGUGACAACUCCAUGUGUGUCAGAGUAAAACUGCUCCACAAGGAUUUUGGUUUUUUUUUUUAAGUAAUAUUUUAUUGUGUUUUUGGUGAAAGUUUACACACUAAAUUAGGUUCCCAUUUGACAAUUUCUAUACAAAUUGUUCAGUGACAUUAGUUUUAUUUUUCACAGUGCAUCAGUGUUCUCUUUAAUUGCGUUUUGGUUGUUCCAUUCUCCAUAGGGUUUUGUAUGGCCGAUGUUUUGGAAGUAAAUUGCCAGACCUUUCUUCUGAGGCAUCUCUGAGUGGACACAAACCUCCAAUUUUUUAGUGAGUAGCCAAAUGCUUAACUGUUUGCACCACCCAGGGACUCCAUAAAGUACAGUAAACAACCAUGUGCCCACCCAGAUUCAAUAUAUUUUAGUAUUUAUCAUAUUUUGUAGCAUAUAUUUACUUUGAAAUAGGUCAUGAAAAUGUAUAUCUGUAGGUAUAUUUUCCUGACCUACUUUAAAUUACAAACAUGAUCUCACUUCACCCUAAAUAUUUUAGCUUACAUCUCUUUAAAAAAAAAAGAAAAAGAAUCUUCUACACUAGCUCAAUACCAUUAUCACACCUAACCAAAUUAAUAAUUCCUUAGAAUCAUCCAGUGUGGAAACCCUGGUGGUGUAGUGGUUAAGAGCUACAGCUACUAACCAAAAGGUGGGCAGUUUGAAUCCACGAGGUGCUCCUUGGAAACUCUGUGGGCAUCUCUACUCUGUCUUACAGAGCCGCUAUAAGGCAGAAUCAACUCGAAGGCAGUGGGUUUGAUUUAUGUUUUUUUUUUAUCAUCCAGUGUAAAAGAGUCCUGGUAGGACAGUGGUUAAACACUCAGCUGCUAACUGAAAGGUUGGCAGUUGGAAUCCACCAGGGGCUCUGCAGUCUGGUAGCAGUCUGCUCCCAUAAAGAUUAUACCCCUGGAAACUCCAUGGGGAGUUCUACUGUGUCCUAUAGGGUUGCUAUGAGUCAGAAUCUACUUAAUGGCAACACGUUUGGGUUUUUUUGGUUUAUCAUCUAGUGUCGAAUCCAUGUGCAAAUUCCCUUGCCCCCCAAAAAAAUUUUUUUGAAGAAGUGAUGUAGUCUGUCAGAAAAUGUUUCAAGCCUUGAAAAUAAUUCAAAUAUAAAAGGUCUUUAAUGUGUAUAACCUAACUGGGAGUGGGAGUGGAGGGGGUGAGGCACAUUGCGUUUAGGGGACAACACAGAUAUAAACAAGAUUCAUAGAGACACAGACACAUGGACACAGAUGAAAGCAUGUGGGGACACAAACACAGGUACGGACACAUCUGACUCCCCAUCCAUCAGACCCCUCAACUCUUAGCCCCAUCAAGGAAGUUGGUAAGGGAUCGGGGGUGGGGUGGGGCAGCAUCUGUCUGCCUUUUUACCCUAGUUCUGGCAUUUCCACACAGGCCUUGGC